CGUAUCAUUACGCCGAUUUGAUCCGCAACGACAAAUUUCGGAGGGAAGUAGAUUUGCUGGUCAUAUCUACACUUCGUUCUCAACUUGAAUUGCACUGAGUCUUUGCCAAUAAUGCUUUCAUUCUACCACUUGCGUUCGCUUCCCCUACUCUCCCUAUUGGUUAUGUUUCUGGGCGCAACAGCUGCCCCAUUCAACGCCACCGUUGAUAUAGCAAAAGACCUUCAAAGGAGAAAAAGUUCUGUCAAUGGGAUAGGGGUGACUUUCAAACGUGUAGCCAACGCGGAAUCCAACACUCCAGAAUUACUCCGUCACGCAAAGGAUAUAUAUGUGUCUGAAACAUGGACUCUUGUCAUUGGAAGGGACAAUGCUUACAGAGCUAUCCCAGAUCCGAACAAACCAGGUCAUUACAAAGGUCACAGAUUCCAAGAAAGAUAUGCAGGAAAGAUCAUAACGCUCGUCAACUUUGGUACCGUGGAGAGGCAGACGGAGGCCUACAAGGCCUUGGCAGAUCUCCCUGCAGUGACGAACUUGUUAUAUCUUAAUGAGAUAUUCAAUUACCUGCUUCAAAUGGGUGCAAUCCACGAGAUACCUGCUAUCUGGACUUCGCAUUAUGCUCAAAUGUUGGAUCUGCGGGGGGAUGCGCUAGGUCACCAACUUAAUUACUGAGUAGCCUGCGAUCCCAAACUCAUUGUACGAGACCAUUUACAUACACCUGUGGUCCGUAUUUUUAUUCACGAACGCGG